AUAUAAACAGAGAGAAAAGAAAAAAGCUGUGACCUUGAAUUCGCAGCCACCGUCGUGUGAUCAAUAUGCUUGGAGAGUAAGAAGAACGACGCUGCUUCUCUCAAUUUUGACGAGAAGACCAUUGUUUUCAAUCUCCCUUGAAGAUUUUAGCAGGGAAAAACCAAAACCAUAAGCUAGAGCUAGUCAACUUCACCGUUCUCCAGUUUCAAUUUUUGUUGCAGAGAAAUGACACCGGCAAAGCAAAUUAGCAAACUUUCAAGUUCAGCAAGAUCCUUUAUUCUCAAUGGAUCGAGAUUAAGUGCAGCUAGUGGGAAUUCUCGUGCACACACUGAUGAUGAACCUUUUGUCUCCAGACGCCAGCAGCUUAGGAACCAAGCUGCACACACUGGAAAAACACAGUCCAGUAUUGUCCUCAAUCCUUCUGUAGUUGCAAGUAUAUUACCAGGAGAGACAAGUAAGAAGAAGGUUGAUGAUUCUGCUCGGUCAUCACAGUCUUCAUCACAUUCGGUUAGUUAUGCAUCAGCAGUCAUUAAAGAGGAGGAGGAAGCUUCUUCAGCACCUUUUGGGGAUCAGAUUCUCAGAGCUGGUGUUAAAGCGGUAAACAUUCUCUCUGAUUUAGCAAACUGUAAGCUUCCUUCGUUUGAUAGAGAAAGUGAAGUAUCUGGACUAUUACCAAAAGCCUUUAUGGUGGAUCCAACUCGGCCUAUUACAAGCGUCAAGUCUUCCAACGUGAAAGCCAAAGCUUACCCUGGAUCAUCUUCAAAAGAGAGUAAAACUAGAAACCCUUGUCGCAGCUUCCAAGGGUCUAAGGAAGCUGCUCGAGGGCAGCAUUGUAAUACCAGACACGUUGUGGAGAAUGUUUGCAGCGUUUUGAAAAGCUUCAGGUGGGGCCCUGCCGCUGAAGAGGCCCUAGAGAAACUCCGCACUGAGAAGAGGAUUGUGAUGAGUCCACGCCAAGCAAACCAAGUCCUUAUGCAGAUGAAUGACUACGGCAAAGCUCUCGGUUUCUUCUACUGGCUAAAAAGACAACCUGACUUCAAGCACGAUGACUACACCUACACCACUAUGCUUGGUAGCCUCGGCCGCGCUAAACAGUUUGGCGCGAUAAACAAGCUCCUAAACGAGAUGGUUAGAGAAGGAUGUCAGCCAACCACAGUUACAUACAACCGUCUUAUCCACAGCUACGGCCGAGCCAAUUACCUGAAGGAAGCUAUGAAUGUUUUUAACCAAAUGCAAAAGUCUGGAUGCGAACCAGACCGUGUAACGUACUGUACACUCAUAGACAUACACGCUAAGGCUGGAUUUUUAGAUAUUGCCAUGGAUAUUCACCAGAGGAUGAACGCGGCGGGGAUCGAAACCGACACUUUCACUUACAGUUUGAUAAUCAACUGUCUUGGGAAAGCCGGGCGUUUACCAGCUGCGCACAAGCUAUUCUGCGAGAUGGUUGAUAAGGGAUGUGCUCCUAACUUGGUCACCUACAACAUCAUGAUUGACUUGCACGCCAAGGCGAGAAACUACCAGAGCGCGUUGAAGCUUUACCGUGAUAUGCAGAGCGCCGGGUUUAAGCCUGAUAAAGUGACUUAUAGUAUUGUGAUGGUGGUGCUUGGACACUGUGGGUAUCUAGAGGAAGCGGAAGGUGUAUUCAAGAAGAUGGAGGAGGAGAAUUGGGUUCCUGAUGAGCCGGUUUACGGGCUUCUGGUGGAUCUCUGGGGGAAAGCUGGUAAUGUGGAGAAGGCGUGGCGUUGGUAUCAGGAGAUGCUUCGUGCUGGGGUGUUACCUAAUGUUCCUACGUUCAACUCCCUUCUCAGCUCCUUCCUUAGGGUUAAUAAAGUAACCGAAGCUUCUGAGUUGUUGCAAAACAUGCUGGCGUUAGGUCUACGUCCCUCUUUGCAGACCUACACGCUGCUCUUGAGCUGUUGCACGGAUGGUAGGUCAAAGCUUGACAUGGGCUUCUGUGGUCAGCUGAUGGCGAGGACUGGCCAUCCUGCGCAUACGUUUCUCCUCAAGAUGCCGUCUGCUGGUCCUGACGGCCAAAACGUGCGGAAUCAUGCGAAGAGCUUCUUGGAUUUGAUGCACAGCGAGGACAGAGAGAGCAAGAGGGGACUUGUGGACGCGGUGGUUGACUUCUUGCACAAGUCAGGGCUGAAAGAAGAGGCGGGGUCGGUUUGGGAAGUCGCGGCGCAGAAGAACGUUUUUCCUGAUGCGUUGAGGGAGAAGAGCAGGAGCUACUGGCUUAUUAAUCUCCAUGUGAUGUCGGAGGGGACUGCGGUGACCGCGCUGGCUAGGACGCUUGCUUGGUUCCGCAAGCAGAUGUUGGUCUCGGGAUGUGGCCCUGCGAGGAUUGAUAUAGUGACUGGUUGGGGGAGGCGUAGUAGAGUCACUGGUUCGUCGAUGGUUAGACAAGCCGUUGAAGAGCUGCUUAGCAUCUUUGGUUCGCCGUUUUAUACUGAGAGUGGGAACUCGGGGUGUUUCGUUGGUUGUGGUGAAGCUCUCAACAGGUGGUUGCUGCAGUCUUAUGUUGAGAGGAUGCAUUUGCUGUGAGCCUGUGAGUGUUGUUUGUUUCACAUUUUAGAGUUUAUUUCUUUUAUUUAUGAUUUGUUUAGCUUGUAAGUCAUAAGUUAAGGUUAGGGAUAGAUUUGAAACUGCUCCCCAGUCUUGUGUCCUCUUGCAAUAAACUGUUAAAUGAGGUAACAAAGUCCUAGAUUUGUUUAGAUACAGAA